AGUAUUGAAUUCCUUAAGUGGAUAAACCCAUUUACUGAGCAUCAUAAAGGGCCACUAACCGACUACCAACCUGUCACGCCGCCGUUUCAGCCUAAUCCUCAGCCCGCCUCCUUCGCCAUAAUCUGAUUAGCGGCAGUGUCUGCCAGCGGGCCUCUGUCUCUGGCCAUUUGUGUGUCUGCACGCCCGCGACUGUGCAUUUGCUCGACUCAAGUCAACAAGGUUUGGCAGUAGGCACAGUUUUGGACUGUCACACCUCCCGAUUCCUUGGCCAUGAUCACCGGCUCUACCCACAAUGCCCGUGUUUUACUCGCCUGUUCCCGAGAACCUGCAGACGGGUCUGGCCUAUAUGGGAGGCUCGGUGUUCACCAACAACAGGACGGCGGACAGUGACUUCACCCGGGAGCACGAGGAUGUUUCAGUCAAUGAGCUGGCCUCCCACCUUCCCCUCCAGAUGCUCCUCUAUUUCAACAUGUUUUACUUUCCCUGCUGGUGGUUCUCUGCUGUGUUCAUGCUGGAGGCAAAGUUCUACUACCUCCCAGCGUACUACCAGGCUCUGCUCAUAACCGGGAUGAUCCUCCUCACAAUCAUCGAAGUUAUCCGACUUUAUCUGGGCUUCAUUGGCAACCUUAAAGAGAAGGUGCCAGAGCUGGCAGCUUUCUGGCUCCUGUCCUUCAUGUUCCAGCUGCCGGUGCUGCUGUUCUUCCUGACCGACGAAGGCAUCAUCAUCCUGCCCCUGGAGAGAGCCGUCCACUCGCUGUACCUCCUCUUCCUGCUCGGACAGAUCCUGGCCUCCUUCCUGGCGCUCAAGACCAUGACCCGAAAGCUCACCCUGCUCUUCUAUCUGCGCCAGUUCGGGAAGGUGGAGAGCUUCCACCACGCGAGGAUGAGCCCCGUCUACGGGCCUCCCUACCACCGCAGUGUGCUGCCCAUGUCUCCAACCCACAAUAUGUACCAUUAAAAUACAAAAAAAAAAUCAUCCUCAGUUGGUUCAGUGUGUUCAAUGUGGGGUCUCGAUAGGAUACAUUUGGAGUUACUAUCCUUAAAAGUGCAGGGAUGGCAGCUGAAUUAAACAACAGCUGACCUACUUUUAUUGAAAUUGAAACUAUACUCAGCUAACUCAUGUUUGUGUAGCCUUCUACACCCACCAGCCACUUUAUUAGGUACACCUUGCUAGUAAAGGUU